CUUAGAUAUCAAAUGCCAAAUUCUCUGUCUAAAGAAGUUUAAAUAGCCAUGGAAUCUCAGGGAAACCAGAGUACAAUAUGCAUGUGUGUGUUUUAUACUACCAGGUUAUCAUUGUUAUAUAACAGAAAAAAGUUGAACCCUGGACCCAUUGAAUGUAUCCUGCAUCCUCUAUCCUGUUUCAGAGCUUCAGGGUGAGUCUGUUCUGACGGGUUUAAAUGGGAACGGUUCUGUUUUCAGAGAAAUGGAUUUCACUAUUUAUGAGAGCCUCUUCAACAGACUAGCUUCGUCUCUGUACAAUAAAGGAGCCUUCAGUCAGACAAAGAUGGUGACCAGUGUACCUGCAAUGUCUAUUUUCAAAACUUUGCAGUUUUUCAGGCAACCACUCGGGCUGAUGAAAACUCUUUUCAUCGAGGUGAAAGUCACUGAAGCGCCCAGCUUCAGCAUCAGGCAGAGUGAUGGAAUCACUGUCAACGCCAGAGCCAGAGUGCGAGUGUUCACAAUGAAGGCCAAAAACAAGAUCAGGGCCGUCAAGAAACAGAGCAAUCUCCUCUCUGUGUCAGCGACAUUUAAGGUUGCUAUGGAGGUUGCUAUAACAGGACAGAGUCUGACUUUUCAUUCAAAUGAAGUCCUCUGUACCAUCCUCACCAAAACUGCCUUCAGAGAUGCAUUGCUGAGCGUUUUAAAUGGUUUUCUGAAGAGCAAGAUUGAGAAAACAAUUUCUGAAAUGCAGAUUCCUUUGUCCAAAGAAGUGGCAUUCACUCCUGGAGAGAUCGACUUCUUUGAUGGCUUCAUGACGGUCAGGGUGAGCCUGGAAGUUGCUGACGCCAUAAUGGAGAAGCUGGUGGGGAAGAUAUUUAAGCAUGCUAUAAGAGGGCAGAGUCUGACUUUUCAUUCAAAUGAAGUCCUCUUUACCUUCGUCACCAAAACUGCCUUCAUAGAUGCAUUGCUGAGCGUUUUAAAUGGUUUUCUGAAGAGCAAGAUUGAGAAAACAAUUUCUGAAAUGUCCAAAGAAGUGGCAUUCACUCCUGGAGAGAUCGACUUCUGUAAGGGCUCCAUAAGGGUCAGGGUGAGCCUGGAAGUUGCUGACGCCAUAAUGGAGAAGCUGGUGGAGAAGCUGGUGGGGAAGGUACACGAGAGACUUGGAAAAGUGCUGAAGCGUGUAUGAAGUCUGGUUGAGAUUAUUAUCAUCAUCCUUUUGUACUGACGCUUUUAUUCAGCCUGAACAAACAUGAGAUGUAAUUAUUGAUAUUGGAUUGCUGUUUGUUCUUUGUUUUGCAUCGUUUUAUACUGUAAAGGAGAUUUUUGUAUUUCAAUGAGAUAAAACAAAUAGAAUUAUAUUUUAAAUAAAAUGAUUUCCCACUCUU